CGCCGUCGUCUCGCCUCGGACUUCCUACACACAUACGUAUAAUAGCGACCGCAAGAGACAAGCAACACACCAUAAAGCAGCAUGUCGCAGCCUUCGGAGAGUUCCGAUUCUAAAUCGGCUCAAAUGGACAGUUCGAAUGAGUUCACCUUGUUCCACCACAGGCGUUCCAUAUCCGAGGCGCAGCCAUGCGUGGUUUCACAAAAUAUUGCCGAGAAGACCAGGACUCAGAGACGAAGCUUAACAUCCUUUUCACAUCCCGAUCUAAACUACGUAUUCACGAGUAGCGAUAUAAACUUAUGGUCAUCAAAAUCGAGGCAGCGUGUUUCAGUAAGACCGACAAAAUCAGCCCAAACGCCAUCUACACAGAAUAUAAAUGAAAGCCCAACAAGUGAAGUAUCGGAAAGUCCCAACACUGGCGACGAUUCCGAAAUAUUUGAUAAAGCGUGCUGUGAUUUUUUAAACAAGUUCCAGCUCUUCGAGGAUUCGAAUCCAAUAUCAGAAGCGCCAGUUCUUGAUUGGUGCAAUAAUUUUGACAGAGCUCAACAGUUUUUCGAAGAAAGUGGAAUUUUGGGUCCCACCAUGUCCAGCAAUUCACUUGAUUUAAUAAGAAGAACGUCUAAAAUACGACAAGAUCCAAAUGUUAAAAGCCAGAUACGAAAAACAUCUCUGACUAUGCGAUCGAGAAUGCCUUCUGAGAAGAGCCCAUUGACUAUUUCUAUGAGCGAGAACCCAGAAAUAAAAAGACUGGAGGAGGAAAAUGCCUAUUUAAGACAAAUAUUAAGUAAUACAGUAUUAAAAUUUAGGGUGAAACAUCAAGAAUUGCUUAGAUGUAAGAGGGCCUUGAAAGAGGCAUACGAGAAUAUGAAAAUCGAAACCGAUGACAUCAAAUCGAAAUAUCAGAAAGACGAACUACGCGAAUACUCUCCACGAUACUACGAAUUGGACAUGAUCUUAGCACCGUUUAUGAAAAGACAAGGUGUAUCAGGAGAAAGCUGUGAAGUGCGCAUGCAAAAGUCAACCAAAGUCUCGAUACCAAAAUACAAUAAGGAUUUUAGAUCUAAACAAUUGAUUAAAGAUGCUAUAACAGAGAACGAUUUCUUGAAGCACAUUGACGGUCCAUUAAUUCGCGAGCUAGCUGACUCCAUGUAUUCCGUGAAUGUGGUCAAGGACGAGUUCGUUAUACAAGAGGGGGAACAUGGAGCCCAUCUCUAUGUGUCCGCUGCGGGCUACUUCGAUGUGAUCAAGAAUGGAAAGGUUUUGAAUAGGAUAAAGCCCGGGGAGGCCUUUGGAGAGCUUGCCAUUUUAUAUAACUGUACCAGAACUGCAUCUGUGCGGGCCAUAAGUAAUGCGACAGUAUGGGUUUUGGAUCGACGCAUAUAUCAACAGAUAAUGAUGAGAACCGGUUUAGAGCGCAUCGAAAAUAGUGUUAACUUUUUAAAAUCGGUUCCCCUUCUUUCAAAUCUGACCGAAGAUAUACUGGUCAAGAUAGCCGAUGCCCUUGAAGUGGAGUUCUUUGCAGCAGGAACUUAUAUCAUUAGACAGGGGGCCAACGGCGAUACAUUCUUCCUGAUAUCCCAGGGAUCUGUAAAAGUAACUCAGAAGAGCCUACCAGCAGCCGGCGAAGUGGAGCUUCGUACACUCUGCCGCGGCGACUACUUUGGGGAACAGGCGCUCAUUAACGAUGACAAGCGUACCGCCAAUAUUAUUGCGUUGGAACCGGGCGUGGAGUGCCUAACCUUGGAUAGGGAGUCGUUUAUGCAACUGAUUGGCGAUCUCUGUGAACUCAAAGAGAAAACUUAUAACACAGAUGUGCAAAUGGCCAACGCACAAAAUCCUCUAAACAUUUUUGGAGAAAACAUCUGUCCUGCAUUUCCAGACAUGCAGCUCAAGGAUUUGGAGUUUGUCACCACGCUGGGCAUGGGUGGAUUCGGCCGCGUCGAACUGGUCAAACAUAAUGAUGACGUCUAUGCUCUGAAGUGUCUUAAGAAGAAGCAUAUUAUAGAUAGCAAUCAGCAGGAUCAUGUUAUGAAUGAGCGUAACAUCUUGCUGUACAGUGACUGUCCCUUUAUAUGCCGGCUCUACCGCACUUUUCGGGACAGCAAAUAUGUUUAUCUGCUGUUGGAAGCCUGCAUGGGUGGAGAGAUCUGGACACUGAUGCGUAGAGCUGGGGCCUUCCCGGAGGGUGCCGCCCAGUUUAUUGUUGCAUGUGCGUUGCAGGCAUUUGGAUACCUGCAUGCGCGUGGAAUUGUUUAUAGAGAUCUGAAACCUGAGAAUCUGAUGAUCGAUCAUAAGGGAUAUGUAAAGCUGGUUGACUUCGGAUUUGCAAAGUAUAUUGGCAGUGGUUCCAAAACAUGGACUUUCUGCGGCACACCCGAAUAUGUGUCGCCCGAGGUUAUAUUGAAUAAAGGUCAUGACCAUGCGGUCGAUUAUUGGGCUCUUGGCAUACUGAUAUAUGAGACUCUGGAGGCUAGACCUCCGUUCUCCGCAAACGAUCCAUUGAAAACGUACAAGCUAAUACUAAAAGGCAUUGACAUGGUCAGUUUUCCCAUUCAUAUGUCCAGAUCUGCAGUACAGCUGGUGAAAAAGCUGUGUCGUCGUAAUCCUGUCGAGCGUAUUGGAUAUCAAAAGGGUGGUCUGCAGGAUGUCAAAAAGCAUAAGUGGUUCCUGGGAUUCGAUUGGGAUGGUUUGGAAAAUCAAACCCUAAAAUCACCGUUCGUGCCGAAGAUUUCUUCCCCAACCGAUACGAAAUAUUUCGAUGAGUUUCCGAAAGAAACAAAUGAGGCGCCCGAGGAGUCCAGUGGCUGGGAUGCCGAUUUUUAGUCAAGCAUGCACCCAAAUGUCCCAAAUGGAUGAUAAUACCUAUGUAAUAUACAAUAUACUAUACGAAUGGAAAAACAAA